AUGUAUGUGGUUGAAGAUAAAGAUGGAGCAAUUGCAUUGAUGCUUGUUGCCCUGUUAUGUUUGGGAACAUGGCCUGCAAUAUUUACACUUCUAGAGAGAAGGGGUCGUCUUCCUCAACAUACAUAUCUUGACUACUCCAUUACUAAUUUGCUGGCUGCCAUUUUCUUUGCUCUUACAUUUGGUCAAAUUGGAGACAGGAAAUAUAAUAUGCCUAAUUUCCUCACCCAGCUUUCUCAGGAUAACUGGCCUUCAAUAUUGUUUGCAAUGGCCGGUGGAGUUGUGCUGAGUCUUGGGAAUCUUGCGACACAAUAUGCCUUGGCCUUCGUUGGACUUUCAGUGACUGAAGUGAUAACCUGCAGCAUAGCUGUUGUCUUAGGAACAACCAUGAAUUAUUUCUUAGAUGACCGGAUCAACAAGGCUGAGAUUCUUUUUCCUGGAGUUGGAUGCUUCUUAGUUGCAAUUUUUCAAGGGUCUGCUGUCCAUUCUUCCAAUUCAGCUGACAACAAAGAGAAACUGAAUGGCUCCUCAAGUAACAACAGGGACAAAACUGGCACUCUUACAGAUCUAGAAGAGAACUUAGAGAGUGGAGCUCAUCAUAUCUCAACAUCCAAAACAGAGAAAGCAAAAGCUGGCACUGCUGAAUACCUUAUAGAACUUGAAAAAAAAAGAUCAAUUAAGGUUAUCGGUUCAAACACAUUUCUUGGACUUGGCAUAGUAUUCUUCGCAGGCAUUUGCUUCUCUCUCUUCUCUCCAAUCUUCAACUUGGCCACAAAUGACCAGUGGCACACCUUGAAAGAAGGAGUGCCUCAUCUUGUGGUCUAUACAGCUUUCUUCUACUUCUCAAUCUCCUGUUUUAUACUAGCCAUUGUUCUAAACCUAAUGUUUCUUUACAAGCCCGUUCUUGGGCUGCCAAGUUCAUCCUUGAAAGCUUAUGUGAAUGACUGGAAUGGGAGGCAAUGGGCUCUACUUGCAGGUCUACUUUGUGGCUUUGGAAAUGGCUUUCGGUUCAUGGGAGGCCAAGCUGCAGGAUAUGCUGCAUCCGAUGCUGUUCAGGCAUUGCCACUUGUGUGCACUUUUUGGGGCAUAGUUCUUUUUGGAGAAUAUCAUCAGUCGUCAAAGAAGACUUACAUUUUGUUGGUGAGCAUGAUUGCUAUGUUCAUUAUUGCUGUUGCUGUUCUAGUGGCUUCCUCAGGACAUAGGAAGACUUAA